AUGUCCCCCGUCUUCUUCAGACACUACCCACGCACCCUUGGCGCCUUCCUGCCCACCACGUCGCCGCCGCUCGCGCCCGGUACCUGCAUCGACGCCGUCAACCUCGCGCGCCUCGCUCACCCCACCGAGCUCCUCCCCUGCGCGCUCUACCGCUGCGCGAGCCUCGACCCGCGCAUGCUCGUCGGGGGCGUGCGCGUGCGGGCGGGCUUCGCCGACGCGGGCCUCGUGAACUGCGUCGCGGCGCGGACGCCGCUCGCACAGGUGCGCACCGCGGCGAUCGUCGCGAUAGCGGACUGCACGUAG